GUCCACGUUGCCGUUGGAGUGAGGAGUCGGACUGGCGGGCGCUGGUCGCUGGCAUUCGAGCACCGGCUUUUGGCUCAGUCUUUGGGGCGCGGUUCUUUGCCAAUCCAACCCUCUGGCAAGGUGACAAAAAAACAAAAUAAACAACCAGCUGUCGGUGGUACGAAACGGACGACAAUAGAACAUUAACAAAACACCCACUGGAACGAACUGGAGGACAUUACGGCUGUGGAAUUGCCUGGCGCCUAAAAUCCUUCAUGGCGCCUCAGGACUUUGCCCACCCCAACCAUGGCACCCCUCGUCCUGUAAUAUUAAGGGUACCCCGUAAUCCAUCACCUGUCUAUCUUUGCCGCUGCUCAGUCACUUACCCCAUAUUCCGAUGCUUUAGCCUUCCAUCAUCCUUUAGAAAUCACCAAGAAGAAUGGGUCGGUCGCCUCGUCAGCUCUAGACGGAUGACCAAGAAUCGCCAAAACGGUACUGCGGCCUUGAUGCUGGCCUCUGCGGCCAAUAAGGUCUCUUCAAGUUCUCGUCGGUCCGUCCGUCUGGUUUUCGGGUCUUUUUUUUGUUGUGCUACCUUUUUAGCACCGUAGGACCAACAUCGGCUGAUUGGAGGACGAAAAUGUCCUUUAACUGCGUUGCUACCUACCCUAACUAUGAGCUCAUGUUUGGUUAUAGCCUGUAACCCAAACAACGGGUGAGUAAAAAAAAAGCACUAAUGUUGCCCCUACCUAAUCUAUUUCGAUUGUAUACUUUAAUACAAAAAAACCCUUUUUUAAACAAAAAUAAAGCAGUCCAAGGGUCGAACGUCAGUAAAGCAGUUUGGUUCGCUAGUCUGGAGAAACUAAAAAGAGUACCUUAGGAACGCUGGGGAAUGCAACAGCGUCUGGAUCCCUCGCUGGUGGAUGGUGUGCGUUGCGGAUGUGGCGGUGACCAGUGUGGCGGUGACCAGGGUGUCGGUAGCCGAUGUGGCGGUUGUUGAUGCAGCGGUUGGUGAUGGAAGCCUUCUUCUUUGUGCGGCAGUGGAGGUGGAGGAGGCGUGGAUUUUGAUUUUUAUGUUUUUGACUUUUAGUUUUGAAAUGUCCACUUGUUUAUUUUAAUUUUAAUUUCUAUUUCUUUUCAGGUUUUUAAUAUAUUCCUUUUUUCAGGUAUUUAACGUUCAUUUCAUUUCAGAUUUUUGACAAAGUUUGUCUUCUCUUUUUUUUACGUUACCAUUUCAAUUGGCUCUUUAUGUAUCGUCUCUUCACUUUUCAGGCAUUUCAAAUUUUCUAUUUCUUUUUUUUUUUUUUUUAAAAAACUGUCCUUUUUAUUUUGUUUAAAUCCGUUUUUUUCACAUUCAUAUGAAUUUAAAUAAAACACAUUUACCAAAUUUA